UAAAGAAACAAACUCAAAACAAAAACAAAAAAAGGGCCUUUACAUUUUUCUCUCUCUCUCUUUGCUUCAACUCCCUCUACUGUCACUGAUUUUUCAAAAUAGUUUUUCACAAAGCACUGACAAAACAGAGCACACUCGUUCUCGUUCUUUCACUCAAAAACGCUGUCGUUUUUCUACUCCGCUGGUGGUUCUUGAUUCUCAGGCGCUCUUUCAACAUCUUUUGAAGGACUCCAGAUUUCUCUGUGUGGAGAGUAGUAAAAGGCGAAGAUGAUUCGAACAUCUGCAGUCACUCCGCUGACUAAGAUUCGAAGGACACUUUCGUCCACCCCGGGCGGUUCAAAAUUUCGGGAGGAGAAAAUAUUAGUCACUGUCAGGAUGAGGCCGCUGAGCCGAAAGGAACAAGCAAUGUAUGAUCUCAUUGCGUGGGAUUGCGUGGAUGAGCAUAGUAUUGUGUUCAACAACCCCAAUCACGAGCGCCCUGCAACCACAUACACCUUUGAUAAAGUUUUUAGUCCUACUUGCUCGAAUCAGAAGGUUUAUGAAGAAGGUGCUAAGGAUGUGGCUCUAUCUGCACUUACUGGAAUUAAUGCAACAAUUUUCGCAUAUGGGCAGACUAGCAGUGGCAAGACUUAUACCAUGAGAGGAAUCACAGAAAAUGCUAUUAAGGAUAUCUAUGAACAUAUCAGAAAUCACCAGGAGAGGGAUUUUGUUGUGAGGGUUUCUGCUUUAGAGAUCUACAAUGAGACUGUUGUUGACCUUUUGAAUCGUGAAUCUGGUUCCCUUCGGCUUUUGGAUGAUCAUGAGAAGAAAGGUACUGUUGUGGAAAAACUUGUUGAAGAGGUUGUUAAGGAUGGCCAACAUUUGCAGCAUUUAAUUCGAAUUUGUGAAGCUCAAAGGCAGGUGGGAGAAACUGCUCUAAAUGAUAAAAGCUCAAGAUCACAUCAGAUAAUAAGGCUGACUGUACAGAGUAGCCUUCGGGAAAGUUCUGGAUGCGUAAAGUCCUUCAUAGCAAGUUUGAAUCUUGUGGAUCUUGCUGAAAGUGAACGUGCCUCCCAAACAAAUGCAGAUGGCACAAGAUUGAAGGAAGGCAAACACAUCAACCGUAGCUUGUUGACACUGACAAAAGUGAUCAGGAAGCUAAGCGAAGGCAAAAGGAGUGGUCACAUACCAUACAGGGAUUCAAAGCUUACACGAAUACUGCAGUCUUCACUUGGGGGAAAUGCUCGUACAGCCAUUAUUUGUACCAUGAGUCCUGCUAUAAGUCAUGUGGAGCAAACAAGGAAUACACUCUCAUUUGCAACUAGUGCAAAGGAAGUUACCAAUAAUGCCCAAGUAAACAUGGUUGUUUCAGACAAGCGACUCCGGAAGGAUUUGCAGAAGGAAGUGGCUAGGCUUGAAGCAAAGCUACGAAGUCCCGAGUCUUCUUCAUCUUCAUGUUUGAAGUCCUUACUAUUGGAGAAGGACCUAAAAAUACAGCAGAUGGAGAGGGAGAUGGAAGAGCUAAAGCGACAGAGAGACCUUGUAGAGUACCAACUUGAAGAAGAGAGAAAAUCACACAAGGCACAAAAGGGUUUGGACCAAUGUGGGCCUUCUUGUCAAGUUGUUAGGUGUCUUUCUUUUCCUGAUGAAGAUCAAUCGGCUUCUGGUAAAACUACACCAGUAACUAGACCAAGAAAUGCAGUUGGAAGGGAGGCAAUGGUGAGGCAAUCUGCUACUUCAACGGAUCCAUCCAUGCUUGUGCAUGAAAUAAGAAAGCUUGAGCAACGGCAGAGGCAGCUUGGUGAGGAAGCAAAUCGGGCGCUUGAAGUACUGCAUAAGGAGGUUUCUUCCCAUAGAAUAGGGAGUCAAGAAACUGGUGAAACUAUUGCGAAGCUGUUGUCUGAAAUAAAGGACAUGCAAGCAAUUAGCUUCAUUCCUGAAGAAAUUGUUAUUGGAGAGAAGACCAACCUGAUGGAAGAAAUAACCCGAUUGAAGACUCAAGGAAGCACCAUUGAAUCUUUAGAAAAGAAGCUUGAGAGUGUUCAGGAAUCUAUACAUCAGCUGGUUUCAUCUUUCGCAAGUAGCAAGGAGACUCCUGAGUGCAAGACCCAAUCCAAAAAGAAAAAAUUUCUUCCUUUUGCUGUCAGCAACAAUGCAAACAUGCAAAAUAUAAUUCGAUCCCCUUGCUCACCUUUGUCCACUUCUCGUAAAAUGGAAUACGAGUUGGAGAACAAAGUCCCUGAGAAUAAAGAUGCUUUGCCAAGUAGUGAUACAUUGCCCAGGCCAUUUCAAGCAACUCCAGUAAAGGACAGACCUCCUGAUUCACAGCAAUCAAAUUCAGUUAACGUGAAGAAAAUGCAGAGGAUGUUUAAGAAUGCUGCCGAGGAGAACAUACGGAGCAUUAGAGCCUAUGUUACUGAGUUAAAAGAACGGGUAGCAAAGCUUCAAUACCAAAAGCAGCUUCUCGUUUGCCAGGUAUUGGAGCUAGAGACUGUGGCUGGAACCGAUGAGCCCAAUAUAAUUGAUCAGAGUCCAUCAAAGCCAUGGAAGUUAAAGUUUGAGGAUGAGAGAAAGCAAAUUGUAAUGUUGUGGCAUUUGUGCCAUGUCUCACUUAUUCACCGCACUCAAUUUUUUCUAUUAUUCAAGGGAGACCCUGCUGAUGAGAUAUACAUGGAGGUUGAACUCAGAAGGUUGACAUGGUUGGAGCAGCACUUUGCAGAGCUUGGCAAUGCAAGUCCUGCACUUUUAGGUGAUGAACCUGCAGGCUCUGUUUCAGCGAGUGUCAAGGCUCUUAAGCAAGAAAGGGAAUAUCUAGCUAAGAGGGUGAGUUCUAAACUAACAGCAGAUGAGAUAGAAUCCCUUAACUCAAAAUGGGAAAUUCCUUCGGGUGGAAAACAAAGGAGAUUACAAUUGGUGAACAAGUUGUGGACAAACCCUUAUGACAUGGAGCACAUUAUAGAGAGUGCUGAAAUAGUUGCAAAAUUGGUUGGCUUCUGCGAAGAAUCCGGUGAACAGAGUAAGGAGAUGUUUGAGCUAAGCUUUGCAAACCCUUUCGAUAAGAAGUCAUGGAUGGGUUGGAAUUUGAUAUCGAAUCUGUUAAAUCUAUAACAAAACACUUGUAGUUCUACUACAUUUAAAUUCUCUAUUACAUUGAUCUAGAAGCAAAUUUUGCCA